AUGACCCACGCACCCACUCUGCAGCCCAAGUUUCUUCCCACCCGUGACGACCUGGGUGUCGUUGCGGUUGGUUUCUCCGGUGGCCAGAGGAAGGCUGGUGUCGAUGCCGCGCCCAUGGCCCUGGUCGAGGCCGGCCUGCUCGACCAGCUGAGGGAUGACCUUGAGUUCAAGAUCAGCUACGACGGCGAGGUCCACACCUACGCCGACGUCGUCCCCAAGGAGGACCCAGACCACCGCGGCAUGAAGUGCCCGCGCACCGUCAGCGCCGUCACCCGCAAGCUGAGCGAGCAGGUGUACGAGCACGCCCGCAAGGGCCGCUGCGUGCUGACCCUGGGCGGCGACCACUCCAUCGCCAUCGGCUCCAUCUCCGGCACCGCCAAGGCGACCCGCGAGCGCCUGGGUCGCGAGAUUGCCGUCAUCUGGGUGGACGCCCACGCCGACAUCAACACUCCCGAGACGUCGGACAGCGGCAACAUCCACGGCAUGCCUGUCGCCUUCCUGACGGGCCUGGCCAAGGAGGACAAGGAGGACAUGUUCGGCUGGAUCAAGGAGGACCAGAUGAUCAGCGUCAAGAAGCUCGUCUAUAUUGGCUUGCGUGACGUCGACGUCGGCGAGAAGAAGAUCCUCCGGGAGAAUGGCAUCAAGGCCUUCUCCAUGCACGACAUUGACAGGCACGGCAUUGGAAAGGUCAUGGACAUGGCCCUCGGCUGGAUUGGUAGUGACACCCCCAUUCACCUCUCCUUUGACGUCGACAGCCUCGACCCUCAGUUCGCUCCCAGCACCGGCACCCCCGUGCGCGGCGGUCUUACCCUACGCGAGGGCGACUACAUUGCUGAGUGUGUUGCCGAGACGGGUAGCCUCAUCGCUCUCGACUUGGUCGAGGUCAACCCUAGCCUGGAGGCUCAGGGAGCGUCCGAGACCGUUCGUGCAGGGUGCUCGAUCGUGCGCUGUGCGCUGGGUGACACGCUGCUGUAA